AUGCAUCGGGACUUGAAGCGUGGCAACGUGCUGGUGUCAUCAUCGCUUCGCGCCAAGAUUACGGACUUUGGGUCCAUUCGCCAGUGCUUCACACGUGACAGAAACCAGCACCAGCAGCGCACAUGUCUCUCUUCCAGCCAUGAUGAUGACCCUCAGUACAGCCAGCAGGCUGGUUUGCAGACGAUGCCGAGCAUAACGCUGACGGCUGGUGUGGGCACGCCACUGUGCAUGGCGCCGGAGGCAUUGGCGGGCGACAAAUACAGCUUUGAGGCAGAUGUGUUCAGCUUUGGUGUGCUGAUGUGGGAGAUGGCGACACGGCGUGUGCCGGAUUUGAUUGAGCAGGAGAAGGGGAGCGAGUAUCGGGGACCGAUCCUCGCCACCAUCAGCAACCUGAUGAAGGAUGGGAAGCGGCUGCGAUUUGAUGAUGGUGAAGAAGAUGCCAUCCCCGAGUGGUUCCAGUCGCUGACGUACAACCGCAUGGCGCAGAAUCCGCGUGAGCGUCCAUCGUUUGGAGAACUCAUGGACCACCACUUUGUUGCUUGAUUGCACGUGUGUGUGUGUAUGCAUGCGCACUUGCUUGCUCAUUGUGUGUACGUAUGAGUGAACGUGUCUUCAGCAUGCAUGUAUUGCGGGGUUUGGAACGACGCAAAGUGCAAGCAAUAAACCAACACCAACGCAAA